AUGAAGCACACAAAACCCGAACCAUCGGAAAAGAAGAUCAUCCACUGGCAACAAGUGGCCGCUGCCACUAUUGCCAACCUGAGCACGCUGUGCGUGGGCUGCGCCAUGGGCUGGACGUCGCCCGUGCUGCCGGUGCUGCAGCUGCAGUACGCCGACGUGGACGGCGUGUGGUACUCCGGCGUGCCGCUCACCAAGACGGAGGGCGCCUGGAUGGGCGCUCUGCUGCCCGUCGGGGCUCUCAUCGGCUCCAUCCCCGCCGGCUUCAUCACGCACCGCUACGGCCGCAAGCUGCCUCUGCUCGCCUUCGGCCUCCUCCUCUUCGCCGGCUGGGUCAUGCUCGUCUUCUACGAGUCGCUGAUCCUGCUGAUGGUGGGGCGCUUCAUCUGUGGGCUGGCCGCGGCUGGCGUGACGACGAUAGCGCCGCUGUACGCCGAGGAGGUGGCGGCGGCCGAGAUCCGCGGCGCACUGGGCACGCUGCUGGACCUCAUGCUGGCCGCCGGCCUGCUGGUGGUGUACGGCGUGGGCAUCGUGCUGCCGGUGCGCUGGCUCACCGUCACCAUGGCCGUGCUGCCGCUCGGCUUCUGCGCCGCCUUCAUGCUGAUGCCCGAGUCGCCCGAGUACCUGCACAACCGCAAGCGGCACGAGAAGGCGGUGCGAGCCGAGGCGUGGCUGCACCUGGAGCACAGCCCGCCCGCGCUGGCCUCCGUGCUGCUGGACAGCGCCGCCAUCAAGCAGAAGGACGGCCUACAGCUGCAGCAGUUGGACGACGAGCGCCUCAGGCAGCUGCACGCCCAGCGUGACCAGCCGAGGCCCGAGCCCGAGGUUCCGACCAAGCAGAAGCCGCCCACGCUGCGCGCCUGUUUCAUCGUCUUCCCGCUCAUGGCCUUCCAGCAGCUCAGUGGCGUCGACGCAAUCCUAUUCUAUACGGUUGACAUAUUCGCGGAGGCGGGCACCUCAAUCUCGCCGCAGAUAUCCACAGUGAUCACGGGCGCCGUCCAGUUGGUGGGCACCGGCGCUUCUGCCCUCCUCGUGGAGAACUUCGGGCGCCGCCCGCUGCUGAUCGCCUCUGGCGUGCUCAUGUCCGUGUCGCACCUGCUGCUGGCGGUGCACCAGAGCUGGCUCUGGUUGCACGAAGCAGCGGGCUGGCUGCCACUGGUCACCAUCAACGUCUUCCUCAUCGGCUUCGCCGUCGGCCUGGGCCCGCUACCCUGGCUGCUGAUCGCCGAGUUGCUACCCUCCGUCUCCAAGAAGUGGGCGGCGGGCGUGGCCGUUUGUAUCAGCUGGAUAGCGUGCAGCAUCAUGACCGGACUCUUCGACGGCUUCAUUGAGGAGUACGGCACGACACCGGCGUACUCGCUGCUGGGCGGCAUCUGCAUCAUCUACACGGUCUUCUCCGCGGCGCUCGUACCCGAGACUCGCGGCCUCCAGUCGCAGGAGAUCCAGCAGAAGCUGACGGACGCGGGAACGCCCAUCUGCUUCACCUGCUGCACUUCGGAGGACUCCGGUGAUGUCAUCUAG